AUGAACCGAUUCCUCAUUGUUUGCAUGGCAUUGUUCUGCUUGGCGGCGGCAGUGCAGGCCGACGAAACCAACGUCCAGUACAAAGACUGUGGUCAUAAUGAAAUCAAAUCCUUCUUUGUGACCGGCGGCAACCCGAACCAGAAAUCGUGUGUUAUCCACAAACAUAGCAAAAACCAACUGCGAAUCAGCUUUGUGGCCAACGAAAACACCGGCAACAAGAUCAACACCCGGUUCAUCUGCAACCUGGGCGGCAUUGAACUUGGUUGGCCAGGCAUCGACGGAACCGACGCUUGCCAAGGCCACGGUCUUUCCUGUCCACUGACCAAAGGCCAGACCUACAAUUACCACCUUGACUUUAAUCUCGGCGACGAUGUACCAACAGCUAACGUAACGGCCACAGUGCGAUUGGAAAACGGACAUGGUGGCGACUUGCUUUGCGGCAGAAUGCACAUUAGUCUUCAAAACUAAUAUAUCCAUGUUGAUUGAAUAAAAUUUUAUCCAUUCUUUGUUCA